AUGGAUUCAUACGGCACCUCACUCAACCGCAGCCAGUCGCUGGCGAGCGGCCUGGAGAAGACCUCGCCUACCUGGAACAAAUCAUCCCACUCUCGGAGCAGUAGCACUCUGUCGUCUCGCCACUCCAGACAGAUUAUCAAAGACUGGGAAGUGAUUGACGACCUUCAUAUAGACAUGCACUCAGGAGGCGACAAUCCUCAGGACAUGGCGACCCCGGGUAUCUGUGAAGGAUAUCUUCUCAAGAGGAGGAAGUGGCCCCUUAAAGGCUGGCACAAGCGAUACUUUGUGUUGGAAGCCGGGAUCUUGCGCUACUCCAAAAAUCAACAAGAUGUCUCCAGGGGACGAGUCCAGGGCUCUCUAGACGUCAGCCUUGCUGUAAUGUCGAUAAAUAAGAAAUCAAACCGCAUUGACUUGGAUGCAGGGGACAUCCUCUAUCACGUGAAGGCAAAGAGCCAUGAACUCUUCUACAUCUGGGUAACCAAGCUGCAAGCCCACCGCAUGUUCAAGAAGAACGAGGCAGCUCACGCUCACGUUCACAGCGGCUUCAGCCAGACUCUGUCCCACGUCCCUGCGGCUGGAAACGCUCAGAGAAAUGGAGAUUUGGGCUCCGCAGUGGUGGCAGAUUCAGCUGGAGCGUCAGGAGUGCCGCCCUCGGCUAACACUGCCGUCAACAGCAAAGUUUCUGCCUGGCUGCAGCAAAGUCACGGCCAAGACGUCUGUUCUCAAGAGUUGAACCGAUGCCAUUUGGACCUUUCUGAGCUAAACCGCCUAAUCCAGAGGCUGCAGGCGCUGGAGGUGGGCCAGGCUUUCACUAACGGAGACCUGCAGCGGAUCAUCAGCAUACAGAAUCUCUCGCUAGAGAAGCCGAAGAAGCCAAAGUCGGGGAAGAUAUGGGGCCACUCUCGCACACUGUCCAGAGUGGAGGCUCUGGGAAUGCCUAUUCGUGGGAUUUCUAAAUCGCUUUCCUCCAGUCACCUGAGCAACUCAUCUCACCUCGGCGCAUCAGUUCCCUCUAUCCCCGACUAUGUCUAUUCUCAGCUGUCUCCUCCUACUGUCCUAUCACCUGAGGGCAAGAAAAUCCAGCAGGACAUCUGCGCCAUGUCACUACGAGUGCUAACGUCCCUGAAGUCUGUUCACGAGACUCUGUCUCAGGAGAGGCAGAAGCUGCAAGAAGUCUGGGAAUCUAACACCAUCCACCAGUCUAACACAUUAGCUGAGCCUGCGGCAGCGAGGCAUUCAUCCCACAGGCCUCCUUCAGUGGCAGAUUCAGCUGCGGAGUAUUUUGACGCCAGCGAUGACAUCCUUUGUGGCAGUUCCUCUGAGGUGUCUGAAGAAUCAGGACUUAGUGAUGGGAGCACCACCAACUCGGAGCCAGAGGAAGGACAUGCAUCAGCCACCCGCAAGUACCGUGCUAGCAUCUCCAGGACCCCUAACAGUGUUGUUCCCAAGAGCACCGGACGUCGAACGACUCUACCUGCUCACUGUCCCGACAACAGCCACGUGGGCCUCAUGGCUAUCCUCUACAACAACAUAGGUAAAGACUUGGCUCGAGUGUCCAUGCCUGCUGCUCUCAAUGAGCCUGUCAACCUGCUGCAGAGGCUGUGUGAGGAGCUGGAGUACAGUGAGCUGCUGGACACUGCCAACAACACUCCGGACCCCUACCAGAGGAUGGUUUACAUUGCUGCCUUUGCUAUCUCUGGUUACUCCACCGCGACGUUCAGAAACCGCUACAAGCCCUUUAACCCGGUGCUGGGUGAGACCUACGAGUGCAUCAGAGAGGACCGGGGCUUCUGCCUCAUCAGUGAGCAGGUCUGUCACCAUCCUCCCAUCUCUGCCUGCCACGCAGACUCAGAGAACUUCUCCUUUUGGCAAGACCAGAGAUGGAAAAACAAAUUCUGGGGGAAGUCACUGGAGAUUCUGCCAACGGGAAUGGUUAAUGUGACUCUUUCAAGGUAUGGAGACCACUACGAGUGGAACAAAGUAGUGACCUGCAUCCAUAACGUCUUCAGCCAGCAGCGCUACCUGGAGCAUUACGGGGAGGUCACCAUCCGAAACCUCAAAAGCAAUGUCUGCACCUGCAAGAUUACGUUUGUCAAGUCUCGUUACUGGGGUUCAGAGACAAACAAGAACGAGGUGCAGGGCACAGUGCUGGACCAAAGUGGGAGUGUCAUUCACCGGUUUGGAGGUCUGUGGCACGAAGGCAUCUUCUGUGACACUCUGCCGACUCCAAAAUGUGUCUGGAAGCCGAAUCCCCAGCCAAAGGAUUACCUGCUGUACUAUGGCUUCUCCACCUUCGCCAUGGAGCUGAAUGAACUCACCCCGGAACUGAAGCCUCUCCUGCCUCCUACAGACAGCCGCCUGCGCCCAGACCAAAGAAUGCUGGAGGAGGGAAAGGUGGAGGAAGCAGACAGAAAGAAAGAUGAGAUAGAGGAAAUUCAGAGGGAGCGGAGGAAAGAGCUCGGCAAACGGGGUGAAGAGCAUGUUCCACGUUUUUUCAAGAAAGACAAAGAUUCCUGUGGACGGGAUGUGUGGUUGACAAACGGGACUUACUGGAAGCUCAGAGAGAAUCCAGGCUUUGCUAAUAUUGAAAACAUAACUCUGUGGUGAUGUGAGACGGCAGCGACGAGCAAACAGCAGACAAAAACGCAUGAGCGAGAGAUUGAAAAAUGCCAGUGGUGGAUAUUUGAGCAGCAUAUAUGAACCGCUCUGAGAAACGUGCAGAGUGGAGAUUGUGCUGCUGAGCUCUUCUUAUUUUCUCUGUGCGCCCGUGACUGGCUCAUGGGAACCCUCCGCACCUGACAGUCUCAGAAAGUCGCCUGUCGAGUUACCCAGAAUUCAUUACAUAUCAAAAUAUGUAGAAACAACCUUCUCAUU